AUGUUUUCCCACUUCGCUUCCUCCCUCCUACUUCUCUCUCUGAUCCUCCUUGGUCCUGUUUCCGCGAUAUGGCCUGCUCCGCAAAUCUUCACCAAGGGCCAAUCAGUCUUGUAUCUACACCAGAACCUCGAAAUCACGUAUAAUGGCGGAUUUCUCCCCUACACCUACGGAUUUACUCCAUAUGACAGCUUUGAUAGCAAGCAGCGCGUACAGGCCGCGGUCUCGAGGACCCUCGACUCUAUCUUCUCGAGCGACUUUGUCCCCUGGAUGCUGCGUAAGCGAAACCGACUUUCCGACUCCGAGCCCAAGCUUCUCGAGGGCCAGAACUGGGUAAAAACCCUCCAGAUCAUCCAAACCGAGGAAGACUCGCCGAGCUCAUUCAAGCCCCUCGGCGGUGCCGUCGACGAGUCGUACAACCUGACCCUGAGCGCGAAGGGCCAUGGCAAGCUCACCGCUGUGUCGUCGACCGGUGUGCUCCGAGGUCUGGAGACCUUUGGCCAGCUCUUUUAUAAACACUCGGGCGGCCCGUUCUGGUACACGUCAUCCGUUCCCCUUGACAUCCAGGAUUACCCAAAGUUUCCCCAUCGCGGCAUCCUUAUGGACGUUGCCAGGAACUGGUUCCCCGUCGAGGACAUUCUCCGGACCAUCGAUGCGAUGAGCUGGAGCAAGAUGAACAGACUGCACAUCCACAUCACUGAUUCGCAGUCCUGGCCGCUCGACAUCCCCGCUCUGCCCGAGCUCUCCAAGAAAGGCGCUUAUCGGCCAGAUAUGACGUAUUCGCCCGCCGAUAUCAAGCACAUCCAGACGUACGCCAUUCAACGUGCCGUUGAGGUCAUCCUCGAGAUUGACAUGCCCGGGCAUAUCGGGUCUGUGGCUGAGUCGCAGCCCGAGCUAAUCACAGCAUACGAUGCGUUCCCCUACUACUGGUGGUGCGCCGAGCCACCGUGCGGAGCCUUCAAGCUGAACGACACGGGCGUGGAUAACUUCCUCGAGACCAUGUUCGACGACUUGUUGCCAAGGCUUGAACCUUACUCGUCCUACUUCCACACUGGUGGUGAUGAGCUGAAUGCCAACGACUCGAUGCUGGACCCCGGCGUCAGAUCCAACGACACCGAGGUGCUGCAGCCCCUACUCCAGAAAUUCAUCGACGCCCAGCAUAAACGCGUGAGGAAGGCCGGCCUGGUUCCCAUGGUGUGGGAGGAGAUCCCGAUCGACUGGGGCGUCGAUAUUGGCAAAGACACCGUCGUGCAGGCGUGGCUGGGCGAGGAUUCUGUGAAGAAUCUGACGAGCCGCGGGUUUCAGGUCAUUGAUAGCAACUACAACUACUGGUACCUGGACUGCGGCAGAGGCCAGUGGAUCAACUUUGACAAUGGCUUGGCCUUCGAGUCGAACUUCCCAUUCAACGACUGGUGCGACCCGGCGAAGGGCUGGAAACUGGUCUAUUCGCACGACCCGACUGCCAACCUCGACGAGGAGCAGGCAAAACUGGUGCUCGGCGGCGAGGUGGCAGCCUGGAGCGAGACGAUCGACACGGUAAACCUCGACCAGAUCCUCUGGCCGCGGGCUAGCGCGGCAGGCGAGGUGUUGUGGUCAGGCAGGCGGGAUUUGUCGGGCCAGAACCGGAGCCAGCUGGAGGCGGCACCUCGACUGGAAGAGCUGAGGGCGCGCAUGGUCGCGCGCGGAAAAAGGAAGGAGACGGGCAUGAUCGAGGAGUUGCUGGGGCGCGUCUCCUUGAAGACGGCCCUCCUGGUCCUGAUAUCCGGAUAUGUGUUCUUCAAAGUAUGCAUGCGUAUCGAGGAGAACAUCAGGCUGAAGCGUCUUGGUUCUCGCGGCACAACGAUCCCGACGUACCUUCCCUUUGCCCUCGACCUCGUCUGGCGCACCGUCCGGUCAACGAUGGCGCACAAGAACCUGGAGAUGUGGCAGUCGACCUUUGCGUCCAUCGGCGGGUGGACGGGCGAGGUGCGCACGAUUGGGCGGCGGAUGAUCCUGACGGCCGACCCGGAGAACAUCAAGGCGAUCCUGGCGACGCAGUUCGGCGACUACGGCAAGGGCGAGCCCUUCCACGAGGAGUGGAAGGACUUCCUCGGCGACAGCAUCUUCACCACCGACGGCGACCUCUGGCACUCGAGCCGCCAGCUGAUCCGGCCGCAGUUCGUCAAGGACCGCGUCAGCGACCUGCAGUGCUUCGAGACACACAUCAAGACGCUGUUCCGGGCCAUCGCCAACGGCGGCGCCCUGAACGGCGAGGACCAGGACGUCGACAUGGAGGCCGGGAACGGGAGGGUGCUGGACAUCAGCGACCUGUUCUUCAGGUACACCCUCGACGUCGCCACCGACUUUUUGCUGGGGAAGGACGUCAAGUCGAUGGCCAACCCCCGCCACGAGUUCGCGGAAUCCUUCAGCGAGGUGCAGCGCGUGCAGAACCUCAUCACGCGCCUCGGCCCCCUCAGCGGUCUGGUGCCGCGGGGCUCGUUCCGGCGGGGCCUGCGGGUGAUCAACGAGUUCGUCAACCAGUACAUCCAGCGGGCUCUGCGGCUAUCGCCGGAGGAGCUAGCGUCCAAGGCCAAGGGCGACAUGGGCUACACGUUCCUGCACGCGCUAGCCGGGUUCACGCAUGACCGCAAGGUCCUGCGCGACCAGAUCGUCGCCGUCCUGCUGGCGGGCCGCGACACGACGGCCUCGACGCUGAGCUGGGCCGUGUACGAGCUGUCGCGCAACCCGGCCGCCGUGGCCCGCCUGCGCCGCGAGAUCCUCGACGUCGUGGGCGCCGACCGCACGCCCACGUACGCGGACCUCAAGGGGAUGAGGUACCUGCAGAACGUCCUCAACGAGACCCUCCGCCUAUACCCCUCGGUGCCGUUCAACGUCCGCCUCGCCCUGCGCGACACGACGCUCCCGCGCGGCGGCGGGCCGGACGGCACCGAGCCGCUCGCCGUGCUCAAGGACACGCCCGUCGGCUACAGCACGCUGGUGAUGCAGCGGCGGGCGGACCUGUACCCGGCGGCGGGCGGCGGCGGCGGCGGGCCGGACGGCCUCGCGGACCCGGGCGUCUUCAGCCCCGAGCGCUGGUUCGCCUGGCAGCCGCGGCCGUGGCAGUACAUACCCUUCAACGGUGGGCCGCGCAUCUGCAUCGGGCAGCAGUUCGCCCUGACCGAGAUGGGCUACGUGCUCGUCCGCCUCUUCCAGCGCUUCGACCGCGUCGAGUCGCACAUGGCCGGGGUCGACGGCGGGAAGCCCACGCUCAAGGCAGAAAUUGUGCUGCAGCCCGGCGACGGCGUGAGGGUCGCCUUCUGGGAGCCUGCGAAGGGGACCGAGGGCGGCGGCGGCGUCUAA